GAAGUGGUUAGUGCUCGAGCUCGGCGCUCUCGAAUCUGUUAACGAAGUGACUGUUUUGAGACAACUUUUCACUCAAUAAAGUGUUUAAAUAUCGAUUAAAGUGGAAUUCCAGUGUGUGAGUGAAAGAAAGUGUGUAAAAAAUGCCGCGGUUUCAUAAAAUCGAGAUCAAUAGAACGGAAUGGGAAGUUCCAGAACGAUAUCAGAUGCUCACCCCGGUGGGAUCUGGCGCCUACGGUCAAGUCUGUUCUGCAGUAGACGUUACAACUGGUCAAAAAGUAGCGAUAAAGAAAUUAGCACGUCCUUUUCAAUCUGCAGUUCAUGCUAAACGCACAUACAGGGAGUUACGAAUGCUAAAACACAUGAAUCACGAAAAUAUAAUUGGCCUUUUAGAUGUAUUUCAUCCAGCCUCUUCCCUAGAAGACUUUCAACAAGUGUACUUAGUAACGCAUCUAUUGGGCGCUGAUCUUAAUAAUAUCGUAAGAACACAGAAACUAUCAGAUGACCAUGUACAGUUUCUUGUCUACCAAAUUCUUCGGGGCAUGAAAUAUAUUCAUUCAGCCGGAAUUAUACAUAGGGAUUUGAAGCCAUCGAACAUAGCCGUUAAUGAAGACUGCGAAUUAAAAAUUCUCGAUUUCGGUUUGGCUAGACCCACUGAAAAUGAAAUGACUGGUUACGUUGCAACGAGGUGGUACAGGGCUCCCGAAAUUAUGUUAAAUUGGAUGCAUUAUAAUCAAACAGUUGAUAUUUGGUCUGUUGGUUGUAUAAUGGCUGAACUUCUGACAGGAAGGACGUUAUUCCCCGGAACAGAUCACAUUGAUCACCUAACGCGCGUCCUCGUGCUCUGUGGAACACCCACAGAAGAAACCUUAAACAAAGUUACCAGCCAAGAGGCAAGAAACUACAUCCAAAGCUUACCACCGUUGAAGAAAAAGAAUUUCAAAGAUGUUUUCCGUGGGGCGAAUCCUUUAGCAAUUGAGUUGUUAGAAUUGAUGUUGGAGUUGGACGCUGAGAGAAGAAUUACAGCAGAACAAGCUCUCGCUCAUCCGUAUCUUGCACAAUACGCGGAUCCAACAGACGAACCAACUUCAUCGCCAUACGAUCAGAGUUUCGAAGAUAUGGAUUUGCCGGUGGAAAAGUGGAAAGAACUCGUCUACCAUGAAGUAGUAAAUUUUGUACCUCCGCAAUUGCGGUCAGCAGUGGUGGCAAGUGAAACGACCUCAUAAUAGUACGUAAAAAAAAAUGUCAAUAGAUUUUGACUAUCAAGUAUUGUAUAAAGCUAACAUUUAACAAAUUGAAGGAAAAGAAGGUAUGCAGUAAUAAUGUAAAGUAUCACUGUACAUAACUUGCAAGUAACUUAGAAAUAGAAUAUAUUAUACGAGCUUAUAUUUUCUUAAAAUAUUAGAUAUACAUAUAUUUUCAAUAUUUUAAAUAUAACGAAAUCAAUAUAAACACAAUGAUAAAGUCUGUAUCAAAAUGAGUCAGAAAUUUACAAGACUCUCACCAAGCGCCCGAUGCUCGAGACCGAGGGUUUCACCAAGCACCCGUUCCGCUAAGCCACGCCUUUAAAGCUUGGCGGGAAAUAUCUCAUCGACGCAUUGUUUAUUUUUUAAUGCAUUUUUUGGUUCGGUACAAUCCGGGAAAGUUCGGAAUAUGCGCGAGAUUCAAAUGUAGUAUGGAAAAGACUUUUAAAAUAUUAAUAAAAAUCAUGUGAAAUUUAGUUUAUUCUUAAUGAAUGAAUGGACUAAAAUUUGAAACUUGAUAAAAUGUAAUUAAAAGUAAUUAAAUUAAUAAAAAUCAUCGAAAAGUCAACAAAAAAAAAAAGAAAAAAGAAAGAAAGCCGAUGGGAUACAUAUUUUGUAAACAAGUGGUACAAUAUUUAGAAUGUAAUGAAAAGGAAUCGAACUUUUAUCAUUUCUGAAUAAAAGCGCGGAAAAUUGUAUGAUUUUGCUUUUAAAAACUAGAAUUUUUGAAUUUAGAUAAUUUCAUUAGAACGGGGUUGAAAUUGAAAACUAAAUUGAAUAUUUCAAACCAAAAUCUUCUAAAAUUAUAGAAAUCUAAACUUUAAUUGUAGAAAAAAAUAUGGUU